CUUCAUCAAACCCCAUCAACCUCACCGAUGCUGAUGAAUGGAAGUCAAUGAUCCAUCACAAUCCUCAUCUCGUCAGGGUGUGGCAUGCCUCCAUUGUCGUCAAAGGAAGAAAAGAUGUGAUCGCCGAGCGCCCAAGUGCUCCUUCUGUGAGAGAAGAGGCUACGAAUGCAUAAUCCCAAUCCCAUCGGCGGAGAAGGAACGACCGACACAAGACAUCUCUGAGCAGCUCAGAGACGAGAUAGCGAGCCUAGAGCGACAGCUUCGAGAAAGGACGGCUGACGAAAGAACCAGCUCGCUUCAAAGCAACCUGCCACAGCCAAACAUCCCGGCGACCACGGCUUUGCCAGUUGAGCGUAGCACUACUGCUCUCGGCUUCGAGACAGCCGUCGAUCUAGGAGUCCUCGGUGAGCUGAAUGCUGCAACAAUCUACGACCGUGAAACAUACCACCUUGGGCGGAUGAUCAUUCGUGCUCUUUCCAUGGACGACGACCAGACUCCCGACGUGCCGUCUUCGAGAGCGUUACUUGUAUCGGCAACGUUCCUGCAGGAUGCCGAGCUCCAACCUCGUCGAGUGCCGUUAGGCCUUUUGUCAUUGUACUUGGAUAACUACUUCCGGCACGUCCAUCCAACCUUCCCAAUGCUCAAUGAGAGCACAGUACGCCAAUGCCUACGAACGUUGUGCGCCGUCAGCAGUCUGACCAGCGCCGCAACAGACCGGGUUGUGCUCUACUUAGUCUUAGCUCUGGGUUCCUUAUUGAGUGACAAGGAGUCGUCCUACGAUUCUUGCUAUUCUGCGCGGUUCUUCCACCGCGCCUUACAAGAGAAAAUCACUUACCGCGAGACGAUCGACACUGUGCAUAUCCUCGUCCUCUUCACGUUGUACUCGCUCUUCGACACGAGUGCAGGCAGCUCGUGGCAUCUCGUGGAUCUUGCGAUGCGCACGUCCAUCAUUCUUGGUCUGCAUCACUCAAGUUCUUCGAGCUCAGAUGCCGUUGCCUCAAGUGACACUGAUUCCACGAACGACGUCACCUUUUGGAGUGUAUAUCUCCUCGACCGGUGGAUCAGUCUUACCCUAGCGCAACCGGUCACACUUCCUAAUUUUGAGAUAAGAACCAGAUUUCCGUCGACGAGUCAAGCUCACAGUACUCCAUUCCAGAGACUCUGCUACUGGGCGUUUAAAUUUUCGGAUCCUGAUCAAUUGGACCACAACGCAGAAGAGGAAGUGGAAUUCUUGACAUUCGAGAAAACCUUGCCGAACUCGGUAUCCGAAGGGGACUACAUGUCUAGUCUAUACACACUCAUCGGCCUACAACUAUGCACCACGCAUUACCAGAGGACGACGAACUCUGCGCGAAGUACUUUGCGAUUGCCGAACGAGUCCGGGAUUCCGCAGCAAGUCAACACAGUUGAGCAGCUCAUACUCACUGGCAUUCCCAUGCCAUGGCCAAGCGGAUAUACCACUUUCCAAUUGACAUUGACCGAGAUAAUCCUGUUCAACAACGCAAACAGGCUUUUCCUCCUAGACGGCACAAAAAGGCUUGUCGACACGCUGUCCACGGCGUACCGCUUGUUGAUGCUCCUCGCUAGGAGAUUUGAGCGAUUUUCAAACCACGCCCGCUUGAUAAAUGAUGCCCGAACCAUUCUUUGCAAUCCUACUAUGAAUAACGAACUCAAUGGCUUCGACUUCCUCGCCAUAUCGAGACUAUAUGAUCUUUGUAAUUGUGCUUUGGAACCCCUCGGCGUUGCGCAUGGUGGAACCUAAGCAGUGAUAGGAUCCGACUUGCCAUGCAGAGACAUUAUCUUGAUAUGUUCACGUGCUGUGCAACUCAUACCUCAGCCUUCAUAUUCGGUAUCUGUUGUCAUGGCCCAUUGACGUAUUGUUCUCUCCCGGAUAGUCAUGAUCAUGCCGCAAACAGAACACAGAGCGAGGUGAUGAAAAAUCCUAUAACCGUGA